GGGCGGGGCGCGGGGCGGGAGCGCGGAGCCGGCGCGGGGGACGGCGGCGCCGAGUCGCGGGUGCGCUCGCCAGCCCGGCCGGAGGCAGCCGAGGCCGCUCGGGUGGCGGCGACGGCCGGAGCCAGAGCGCAACGCGCCCAGGAGGAGCCGGAGCGGCGGCCGCGCGAGAACCCUGGGGUCCGAUUGUGAGAGAGGCGGGCAGUACCGAAGCAUCAGCCUGGCUGUAGCAACUACGAAAGAACUCCAGCCCCCCGGGACCCCAACCCACAGCCCUCUGUUGCCCACAGGAUGGGAGCCUGGGGACAGGGAGACUGGCCAUGAGGGAUUUCCGCGACUCCUCCAGGCAGACCGCCAGUCCUGCACUUUCCAGACGCACCCCUGCUCCGAGCCCCGCCAUGGACUCCAGACACGGCAGCCCCAGCGGGGCUGGGAACGGGGCAGCCUGCUCUGAAGGCCCCGGGGGAAGCUCGGCUUGCUCUGCCUUGCCCUGCACCCCUUCCCAAGAGGCAGCCCCCAAAGCGACCUCUGGGCUCCAUGAAACCUCAAUCUCAGGAACAACCGGAACCAGCCAGUCUGGGAAACCAACCGAGCUCUCGUCCCCCGAGCACAGGAAUGCCGAGAAGAAUGCCAGGAACCCAGCAGGUUCUGCUUCCGCUGGGAAAGAGGACACUGGCACCUCAAAAAAGGCGGGUGCUGUGCUUGCAGGCCAGCCGGGUUCGGCCGUCUCGGGCAAAGGGGAAACUGAGGCUGGGGGAAGCCUCAAUCCUGGGUCCCCAAGGAAGGAGGGGCCGGGACCCCAGGGAAAAGCGGAGCUGGGGAGCUCCAGCAACCUGGAGACAGGAUUCCCAAGGAAGGAGGAGCCCAGGAAUACAGAAAAAGGGCUUUGGGCUUCCUCCCAAGGGGCGGGUUCUGCUUCUGCACCAAAGCUAGAUCCUGGGUCCUCCUCCAAGACAGAGCCGGGAGCCUCAGGGGCAGCCCUCCAGCCAGGAUCCGCGGACACCGCGCCUCUGGGGUCCACAACAAAGGCAGCUGCUUCCCCCACGGGGCUGACUGAGGCUGGUUCCCCGGGAAAGGGCGCCCUCGGGUCUUCCACAAAAGAUCCAGAGAUCCUGGGCGCGCGGGAUCCCACGUCCUCUGCGAAGAGCGAGGUGGUGGCGGAGAGGAUGAGCAAAAGCCCUCUUGGCCAACAGGGGGCGCCCGCGCCCUCGGCCAAGUCAGAGCCCGCCCGCGUGCAGAAUGGGUCCCCGGCGUCCUCGGGUCCCCCAGCUGCAGCGGGGAGGGCGGAGACUGUACCCCCAGCCACGGAGGCCCCCGGAAAGGGGAACCCCGUUUCUCUGGGCAGCUCCACGACCUCCCCUCCGGGAAGAACGAAUCCGGAGUCUUCAGCAAAGAGAGAACCUGUGUCUUCGGGUCUGGGGGAGCCCAGAAGCUUGGGGUCCGCGGGAGCUUCCUCUGCUGGCAGCGCCCCCUCCUCAGAGAAGACAGAUCCCGACGCCUCGGGAAAGGGGGAGCCGGUGAGCCACGGGAAGGAAGCAGCGGCCGCGCCCCCUGCAGCAGCCAACCCGGCCUCUACUGCAAAGGGGGUCCCCGCGGCUCUCGGGAAAACCCUCGCGGGGUCCUCGGGGAAAGCACCGGGGAUCCCCGAGGGAAACGGGGCACAGGUGGAGCCCCGAGCCUCAGGGAACGCAGAACCCACCACCGAGGGUCAAGCAGGAACAAAGUCCCCCGGCCAGGGGCCUGCCCCGCUCUGCGCAGGGGCCCCCUCUUCGCAGCAGACGCCAGGCGCCUUGGAGAAGGAGCCCGGACCCUCGCGCCAGCAGCUUCCCCCGGACCCUGAGAAGGUGGGGGUGGCACCUCCCGGGAAGACCGACGCGGGCCAGGGGGCCCCCCUGACUCUGGAGAAGGCGGAGACCCCCGCCGUCGGGCAGGCGGAUGGCAAAGCCUGCGCUUCGCCGUCCUCUCCCCGCGCGGCGGUGGCGGCGGCGGCGAGUGGCCAAGGGCGCGCGGAGCCGGAGCCGGAGCCAUCGCCCCGCACCCCGACCCCGAAAGUCCCGUCGGGUCCGUUGAAGAGCCCCGGAGCCCAGGCCGCAGCCCCCCGGACUCGCGACAAUUUCACCAAGGCGCCGUCGUGGGACGCGGGCGCCCCGCCACCGCGCGAGGACGCGGGCACCCAGGCGGGCGCGCAGGCGUGCGUGUCGGUGGCCCUGAGCCCCAUGUCCCCGCAGGACGGCGCGGGCGGCCCGGCCUUCAGCUUCCAGGCGGCCCCGCGCGCGCCCAGCCCCGCGCCCGGGCCGCCGUCGCGCCGGGACGCGGGGCUGCAGGUGUCGCUGGGCGCCGCGGAGACGCGCUCGGUGGCCACCGGGCCCAUGACCCCGCAGGCCGCGGCGCCCCCGGCCGCGCCGCCCGUCUUCCCCGAGGUGCGGGUGCGGCCCGGCUCGGCGCUGGCGGCCGCCGUGGCGCCCCCGGAGGUGGCCGAACCGGUGCGCGACGUGAGCUGGGACGAGAAGGGCAUGACCUGGGAGGUCUACGGCGCUGCCAUGGAGGUCGAGGUGCUGGGCAUGGCCAUCCAGAAGCACCUCGAGCGGCAGAUCGAGGAGCACGGCCGCCAGGGGGGCCCCGCGCCGCCCCCCGCAGCCCGGACCUCCGGCCCCGGGCGCGCGGGCUCCGUGCGCGCCGCGCCCCCCGACGGCGCCGCCAAGCGCCCGCCCGGCCUCUUCCGCGCGCUGCUGCAGAGCGUGCGGCGGCCGCGGUGCUGCUCGCGGGCCGGACCCACGGCCGAGUGAUCAACUCCCACCCCCCCACCCCUCCACCCCGUUUUUUACGUCCGGUUUCCGACCUUCUCAGGCCUCCCUUCUUAGCCCCUAGGAGGGUUCCCCUCGAAGACGUGCCAUAGGCCCAAAGGCGGCUUCCAGCGCCCCCUCUCCCCUCUGCCCCGCCCCAAGCCCACCCCCUCGGGUUCCCGCCUCCCUUGUGGUCAUGAGCUUACAAACCCAGCCCUGACGCCCCCCAAUGUCUCCUCCCCUCGCUCCGCCUCACCCUGAGCCAUCCUGGGAGCCUGCCCAGCAUGCCCAGUCCGGAGAGCUGAGGCGGACCCCCGGGACAGGAACUGCUCAGGUCCCCCGCACGGAAGAAACUGUCCCUAAACUCCUAAGUGUGCAAGGAUUGGUGUGUGAGAACCCCCCCCCCCCGCCCCAGUGUACCCAUGGCGCUGAACAUAGGGCCCUGGGUGUGUGUGUGUGUGUGUGUCCACGCAGCGGGCUGGCCCCCAUAGCCUGGGCAUUUCUUGCAUGCUGAUGGUAAUCUCCCCAACUCCUGUCACCCCGCCUCCCCUGCCCCACCCACCCACCCCUGAAUCUGUCUUCACCCUUCCCUGACUCUGGUUCACACAUAAGCCCCAGACAGGAUGAAGAGAGCAGCAGGAGUGCCCUGGGGGUGCAGAGGGAAAAGGUGGGGGGGGGGUCCCAGAGGGGCUCCGAUGGGGCUGGAGAUCUUGACAGAUCCCAGGCAGCCCAGGUGGGUAACAGCUGACCUCAAGAAUCCAGACGUGAGUAUCGGAUCAUGAUGGCAAGCUCAUUGUACCACUACGAUUCUUCUUUAAAAGCUGUCCUCUCCAACCACGCAUUCCCCCUCCACACAUGUGCUGUGAGCCCCCCACCACCCCCCGCAAAGUCCCCUGUGACCCCUCAGUAUCUGCGCCCCUCCCCUCCCCGCCCCGCCCCACUCCAGUGGCGAUCUUUGGCUACAAAUGGUCUCCGUCUACAUUGGUAAUAAAAUUUCCCCACAAUU